GCCCAACUCAGAUCAGAAUGGUUUUCCUGUUCCCAGUUGCAUCCUCCUCGGUGGUAGAAUUGUUUGAUUUGCACUUGCUCUUCCUUGCGCUGAUUGCUGCUUUCCUCGAUCGAUUCAUCUCCGGCGAGCGCGUCGCUUUUCCGUCAAAAGGGUACCUCUGCGAUCUCUCAGAAUGCUUAUCCCAAGAUUUCUGCUGAAAGUUGUGAUCCAACCACAGCUAAUAAUUGGGUGACAUUCAUUCUGCUGCCAGCAAUUGGGCUUGGAAGCUCUGUGUUUACGCCAUUAUUGUGUGUCUGAGUUAGGGGUCAGGUGGAAGGAGGAAGGUAGAAAGUGCAUAACCGAGCUUUGGAGCUUCUGACAUGUCGGCUCUCUUCAACUUCCAUUCGUUUUUAACCGUGGUGUUCCUCGGAAUCUGUACAUGUGCCUACGUGAAGAUGCAAUUUCCGUCUAUUCUUGCGCAAAGAACGGGGUUUCGUGGUUUCUUUUGGAAGGCAGCUAGGAUAGGUGAGCGCCUCAGCCCAUGGAUUGCAGUAGGAUGCUUUUCGAUGGGCGUGUCAGUGAUCUUCUUCUGACAAAUUCUAAUAUUACCUGAUGCAACCGGUGAGGAGUAUGAUUAAGCCGAAAUGAGUGCAGUGGAUGGCUUAGACCCAACAGGGACACAGGCAAUGACAUAUACUGUGAGCUUGAUCUUCACUCUCCUCAGCACCAGAACCUUUUCUUCGCCCCAAGUAAUAACAGAUAAGAUUAUCCUCUUGAUCGGUCUCUUCUCCUUGCUCUCCUCUUCUGCCUUCUCUGCAUCUUCUUCGCUCUCUUCUUCAUCUUCUUCUCCGUCCCAGUGAAGGGGAUAGCUCCUUAAGAAAGUCCUUCUGUUGUUAUAGUCUUCAUAGCGGAAACUCCUCGUUUUCAGUUCACUUGGCUCCAUGCCCAUUGCAAUCACUGCUUAAUUUUGCCCACCUUUCUCGAGUGUUAUAUGGGGGGGAAGUGGAUGAUAGAGUGAUAGAGGCAGGAUUUAUUUUUUAAAAGAAAGGGAGCUUAGGGACUUAGAAAAUGAAAGAAGAGUGAUGAUCUGUUCGAUAUGAAAAGGAUGUCUAAAUCUUGUGUUUGGCUUGAGUGUUCUGCAAGGACGUGCUUUGAUUUGUUAAUAACUUAAUAAUUCUUCUUGUUGGUUAUGUCAAUCCUAAGGUUACCAUGUUCUCUUGCUCA